UGUCUCAGUAGGAGAAGGCUUCAAUGGAUCUAGGUGUGGUCCUGGGACUUGUCCUCUCAUGUCUGCUCCUCCUUUCAUUGUGGAGACAGAGCUCUCAGAGAAGAAAGCUCCCGCCUGGCCCCACUCCUCUCCCAAUCAUUGGAAAUAUUCUGCAGGUGGAUCUUAAGAACAUCAGCAAAUCAUUGAAGAAUUUUUCAAAAGUCUAUGGUCCAGUGUUUACUCUGUACUUGGGCCGGAGGCCUGCUGUGGUGCUGUAUGGAUAUGAAGCUGUGAAGGAAGCCUUAAUUGAUCGAGGGGAGGAGUUUUCUGGAAGAGGAAGCUUCCCAGUAUCAGAAAAAUUUAAGAAAGGCCUUGGAAUUGUUUUCAGCAAUGGAAAUAACUGGAAAGAGAUGAGGCGCUUCUCACUCAAGACUCUGAGGAAUUUUGGGAUGGGGAAGAGGAGCAUCGAGGACCGUGUUCAGGAGGAAGCCCGCUGCCUUCUGGAGGAGUUGAGGAAAACCAAUGGCUUGCCCUGUGAUCCCACUUUCAUCCUGGGCUGUGCUCCUUGCAAUGUGAUCUGCUCCAUUAUUUUCCAGAAUCGUUUUGAUUAUAAAGAUCAGGAAUUUCUUAACCUGAUGGAAAAUCUAAAUGAAAAUGGCAAGAUAAUGAGUUCCCCUUGGAUGCAGGUCUGCAAUAAUUUCCCUGCUAUUAUUGAUUAUCUACCAGGGAGUCAUAAUAAAUUACUUAAAAAUUUCACCUUUUUAAAACAUUAUUGUUUAUCAAAAGUAAAAAAACAUGAAGAAUCAUUGGAUAUUAACAAUCCUCGGGAUUUUAUUGACUGUUUCUUGAUUGAAAUGGAGCAGGAAAAGCACAAUCCAAAGAAGGAGUUUACUUAUGAAAACUUUGUAUUCACUGCAUCCGAUUUGUUUGCGGCUGGGACAGAGACUACCAGUACAACCCUGAGGUACUCGCUACUGCUCCUGCUGAAGCACCCGCAUGUCACAGCUAAAGUCCAGGAAGAAAUUGACCAUGUGAUCGGAAGACACCGGAGCCCCUGCAUGCAGGACAGGAGCAGCAUGCCCUACACAGAUGCUGUACUGCAUGAGAUCCAGAGAUACAUUGACCUCCUUCCCACAAAUUUGCCACAUUCAGUGACCUGUGACAUUAAAUUCAGAAACUAUCUUAUUCCCAAGGGUACCACAGUAAUAACAUCAUUGACAUCUGUGCUACAUGAUAACAAAGAAUUCCCAAAUCCAGAGAUCUUUGACCCUGGUCACUUUCUAGAUAAGAGUGGUAACUUUAAGAAAAGUGACUAUUUUAUUCCUUUCUCAGCAGGAAAACGGAUUUGUGUGGGAGAGGGUCUGGCACGCAUGGAGUUAUUUUUAUUCCUGACCACCAUUUUACAGAACUUUAACCUGAAAUCUCCAGUUGACCCAAAGGACCUUGAUACCACCCCAGUUGCCAAUGGAUUUGUUUCUGUGCCACCCACGUACCAGAUCUGCUUUAUUCCUUUCUGAAGAAAAGUAGAAACUGUUGUGCCUGUGUCUGCAGCCCUGUCCUCCAGGGCAUAGCUGACAUCCUUCUGUCACGCAUACCUCUUCUGACCUGCAGUCUCACGGUUCCUCUUUUCCUGAAGAUCCAGGGACCACCUAUCUUCCUUUUGGGGGAAUUUUCUGAGUCACUGUACAAAUAUACCUGCAAUUCCCUAUGCUCUGCAAUGGUUUAUUGACUUUACCAUUGCGAAUUAUUAGUUAACAUUGAAUUAUUAACAUAUCAUUGCUAUAAAACUGAAAAAUGUUUAAAAUGUGAGUUCAGCAUCAUCUCGCCCUCCUAUGUUCUAAAUAAAAGAAAAAUUCUGGAUUAGUUUCAAAGUUUCCUUCUUUUUCUUUUUUGAUAUGGUCUCGUUUAGACCAUGCCUGACCCAAACUCACUUAAUCUUGGGUCCAUUUAUUUUAUAAGGAAGAACUUGGAGGGUAUUACUACAUUAUUAACUUGAAUUAUUUCAAAUGCAUUUGUAUUAUCCUCAAAAAGAUUUUGUUGGAAAUGAUCAAAAUAAGACUGUUCAGCAUUAUCUAUUCUUCAAUGUUCUAAAUAAAACCACUAUUGAAUCUGG